CGCACAUUGUUUGUAUCAUGUGAUCACCUGUGAAGGCGUGAGACAGAAACUUAACGCCCACUGCUGACGAGCCCAGUCAGGCUUUGCUGUCGCUGCUUGGAAUCUAUCUGUUAUUGGGGUCGGUUAUCAUUAUGCCUAUGACCACUAGCGUCGACUUCCACCAACACAUUUUGGUUUUUGUGCGCAAACUUGGUUGAAGCGCCUUCGCGCUGCAGCAGGACCAGCCAUGGCAGGAAACCGCAACGGCGCAACUGGAUCCGACAAGGAUUUCACUUUUGUCAACUCAUUUGUGAAAUACCUGCUGUUCUUUUUUAAUUUAAUAUUCUGGGUGAUCUCCCUUGUAAUGGUGGCAGUUGGCAUUUACGCCCGUACGGUGAAGCAUGCAGAGGCAACCCUGACAUCUCUGUCCCUGGAUCCCGCCGUUAUGCUGAUAGUGGUGGGAGUCCUGAUCUUCCUCGUCACCUUCUGUGGCUGCGUGGGCUCGCUGCGAGAAAACAUCUGCCUCCUGCAAAUAUUCUGCAUCUCCUUGGUGGUGAUUUUCAUAAUCCAGCUGGCUGCUGGUGUUCUGAGCUUCAUCUUUUCAAAUAAGGCCAGACAGAAAGUAACAGAAGUGAUCAAUGAUGCAAUCGUUCACUACAGAGACGACGCUGAUCUGCAAAACCUUAUCGACUUCGGUCAAGAAGAGUUUGGAUGCUGUGGUGCUGCGACAUACCUUGACUGGUCCAAUAACAUCUACUUUCACUGUAACCAAACCAACCCCAGCAGAGAGCGCUGCUCCGUCCCCUUCUCCUGUUGCAUCCUCUCUAGAAACGAGAGUGUGGUCAACACCAUGUGUGGCCAAGGCAUGCAAGAACGUGAAUUCGCAGAAGCUGGCAAGGAAAUUCACACCAGUGGCUGUAUCGACAUACUGGAUGACUUCAUCCACAGCAACAUGAUCGUACUGGGCGGCAUUGCACUGGGACUGGCAGUACCAGAGCUGGUGGGCAUGAUUUUGUCUCAGCUUCUGAUGAAUCAGAUCAAAAAACAGAUUGAGUUGCAGCAAUACAACCUCAAUCACAGUUCUGACCCGUGGAGCUGAUCCUGGAUCAGAUUAUUGCAAUCACUGGCAACACAUAGAGACUCGGUACAAACAAGCUUGUGUUUGAAGAUGAGACACUUUGCUGCCACCUUCUGGACAGUCAUGGGGCUUGCAUUUAUCACACUGCACUGAUUGUACUUGUUUUUUGUUGUUGUUUUUUUUACUCAUUUGUUUUCAGCGGGAAAUAUAAAGUUCUAUGUUUUAUUCAUUUUUAUUAUAUAUUGUAAAUACCUGAAAAUUGUUUGUGAUUUCAGCAUUUAAGCGUAUUUGUUUUGUUUAUACUUGGAGAUCAUAUUCAGUUGAUUUCUUUAAUGCCUCUGAGAUGUUGUGUUUUCCAUUCUGUUUUUGUUUUUCUUUUACUUACAACAUAUAUCUGUCAUAAUGAAUAUAAAUGUUUCAACUCUACACACCUACUCUUAAGGGAAUAUUGUUCUAUGACUAAUGAAUAAUGCCUACAAAAAAAAAUUAUGAAACAUGCACAUGUAAUUUCAAACACAUUCACAUUAGCAAAUCCCAUUUUUACAUAUUACAUUUCCUUUCACCGUGUUCCAAAAGGAGUAGGGGAAAAUAAAAAUAAAAACCCUUAAAAGCGGAAAUAAAUGUUUCAACAGGGA